GGGAGUUAGAGGGCUGAAGUCCGGAGGGUGGUGUGUGCAGAUCUCUAGGACUCACGCACCAGGCCAGUCGCGGGUUUUGGGCCGAGGCCUGGGUUACGAGCAGCAAGUGCGCGGUUGGGGCCACUGUGAGGCCCUUUUAGAAAACUGUUUAAAACAAAGAGCAAUUGAUGGAUAAAUCAGGAAUAGAUUCUCUUGACCAUGUGACAUCUGAUGCUGUGGAACUUGCAAAUCGAAGUGAUAACUCUUCUGAUAGCCGCUUAUUUAAAACUCAGUGUAUCCCUUACUCACCUAAACGGGAGAAAAGAAACCCCAUUCGAAAAUUUGUUCGUACACCUGAAAGUGUUCACGCAAGUGAUUCAUCAAGUGACUCAUCUUUUGAACCAAUACCAUUGACUAUGAAAGCUAUUUUUGAGAGAUUCAAGAACAGGAAAAAGAGAUAUAAAAAAAAGAAAAAGAAGAGGUACCAGCCAACAGGAAGACCAAGGGGAAGACCAGAAGGAAGGAGAAAUCCUAUAUACUCACUAAUAGAUAAGAAGAAACAAUUUAGAAGCAGAGGAUCUGGCUUCCCAUUUUUAGAAUCAGAGAAUGAAAAAAACCCACCUUGGAGAAAAAUUUUAACGUUUGAGCAAGCUGUUGCAAGAGGAUUUUUUAACUAUAUUGAAAAACUGAAGUAUGAACACCACCUGAAAGAAUCAUUGAAACAAAUGAAUGUUGGUGAAGAUUUAGAAAAUGAAGAUUUUGAUAGUCGUAGAUAUAAAUUUUUGGAUGAUGAUGGAUCCAUUUCUCCUAUUGAGGAGUCAACAGCAGAGGAUGAGGAUGCAACACAUCUUGAAGAUAACGAAUGUGAUAUCAAAUUGGCAGGGGAUAGUUUCAUAGUAAGUUCUGAAUUCCCUGUAAGACUGAGUGUAUACUUAGAAGAAGAGGAUAUUACUGAAGAAGCUGCUUUGUCUAAAAAGAGAGCUACAAAAGCCAAAAAUACUGGACAGAGAGGCCUGAAAAUGUGACAGGAUCAUGAAUGUCAAAGGUGAAGCAUAUAGAAAAAACGACUUCAUAGAAAUGAAUAAAGAUAAAUGUGGAUAUAUGUACCAGUCUGGUGGUGAAGAAAUUCUGAAACCCAGAACUUUAUAACAAGAAAAAAAAAUUUUAACCCUGUGAAGAAGUUUGUGAAGGAAACUUGUGAAGUAGUAAUAAUUAGAAAAACACCAUUAAAACACUAGAGAAAAUACAUAGAAAAAUUUGAGAAAUUGUCAUUUGAUUUCUGAAUAAGAGCUUACAGGUGUCCUGUGAGUACUGAAACAAUGAAGUGUAGUGAUUUUAAUUUUGAAAAGAAAAUCUUAAACAAAGAAAGUAACUUGACACCCAACCAUCUUGAAGAGGGUAUUUGAAAUGCUCUAAUUUUAUCCCAGCUUUGUUUAGCCAUGGCAAAAGUGACCUGUCAGAUGCUUAGUAUUGUAAUAACCUCAUUUUCCUUCCCAAAUUUAGAGUAUCUUUAAUACUAUUUUUUUUUAGACAGAGUCUCGAUCUGUCACCCAGGCUGUAGUGCAAUGGCACAAUCUUGGCUUACUGCAACCUCCAUCUCCCGGGUUCAAGCGAUUCUACCUCAGCCUCCCUAGUAGCUGGGAUUACAGGCGUUAGCCAGCACACCCAGCUAAUUUUUGUAUUUUUAGUAGAGACAGGUUUUCACCAUGGUCUCGAACUCCUGACCUCAGGCGAUCUGCCUGCCUUGGCCUCCCAAAAUGCUGGGAUUACAGGUGUGAGCCAUGGCACCCGGCCUAAUACUACUAUUAACUACCAUUUUCACUUUUUAUUAGUUCAACAAAAGGUGUACACAUUUAUUUAACAUGUAUACAUGGGGAGAACCAGUGAUUACCCCGAUGUUCAUUAUUUUGAUCACCACGAUAGAGCUGACUACUCUGCUAUGUAGUACAUUUUGGGACGGCACUUAUGUAUGUUUUUGUUUAACGUGGACAAAGACUUGUGGAUAGGUGCAAAAGUAAAUCCUCUUUUGCAACCCAGAACUCAUUGUUCAGUAUGAGUUUUGAUACAUAUAAGAAGGGAUAUUAUGAUACCUGAGACAGCUGAUCGAUGGGAGUACUGAUAGCCAUAAAGGCUGGUUCCAGGCCAGGUGUAAUGGGUCAAGCCUGCAAUCUCCACACCGAGGUGGGAGUAUUGCUUGAAACGAGGAGUUCAAGACCAGCCUGGGCAAGAAAGAAACACCUCAUCUCCACAAAAAUUUAAAAAUUAGCUGGGUACUGGGGCAUGUGCCUGUAGUUGGAGUUACUCAGAAAGGGGAGGCUGAGGCAAAAGGAUUGAGCCCAAGAGUGGGAGGCUGCACUGAGCUUUGAUGGCACCACUGUACUCCAGCCUGAGUAACAGACAGACCCUGUCUCUUAAGAUAAAAAGGUUGAUUCUAGGCCUGUAGAAUAGAUAAACAGCAUGGGAUAUGAGGGAAAUCCUCAGCAGUAUUAAUUUUGCAUUCCAAUUUCAUGUUGACGAUAUAUACAAUGGCUUUUUGUUUUAAAGGCUUUUAUCUUGAGAACAUGGUGUCUGGAGUUAAAGGUAUGUCUCAAUUCGAGUUUUCACAUCAUAUUUGUUUAUGUGUAGGAAACAGUAUGUUGUCAGAGCAAGCAAGUUUCAUUUCAUUCAGAGACAUUUCUACCAUGCUUUUAAUUCCCAUUUAUAAUGAUUUCUGAAAAGAAGGAUCUUAGAUUCACACAUUUUAUAGUGAUGUGUCAGAUUCAUUUUAGUUGCAAGCAUUAGAGGGUCCCAAAUUUGUUAGUUUGUAGCAAUAAUCAGAACUUUGGAUUUCCUACUUGAAGCCUACGGCAUUAUUUUGAAUUAAUGCACAAUCUAAAAUGAGGUAGAGGAUUUUAUGGUUUAAUGCAAAAUAUAGUAUAAUAAAAGAAAUGAUUACACAGGUCAUAAGAAUUCAUAAAUUUGAAUGAUGUAGAGUUUGAUUAAAAGUUAUAUAAUGCCAAAGUCAUAACUUACAGGCACAUUAUAUUCCUGUAUUUUAUAAUGGAUGACAACUAAUUUUGAGCCAAGAAUUAAAAUUUGCUGAAAUCUUUGAACUAGGAAAACAUCCUCUGUUGCAGUAUUGAAGUUCAUAACAACAGUUACAUUUUAAACUUAAAUCUUAAGUUUAAAUCCUUUUCCUUUGGUUCAUGUAAAGGAGCUACUUCAUGGUACUUUCUAUUUAUCAUUCCUCUGGCUCCUAAGCACAAUGUGAUUGUGAAAUUAUUGUUUUUGUGAUUAACGUGAUAGGAAGUUUUUGCAGUUUGCAAUAUUGUAAGAGCAUAUUGCAGUUUCUGCUCAUAAUUUCUUUCCUAUGGAGUAUUAGACUUUGUUAUUUAUGUGUAUGAAUACUAGCUGGACACAGUGGUGCUUGUGGUCCCCAGCUACUCUGGAGGCUAAGGCAGGAUAAACACUUAAGCCCAGCAGUUCGAGGCUACAGUGAGAUGUGAUCCUGCCGCAUCCCACUGUAGCCUCGAACCCCUGGGCUCAAGCGAUUCAGCAAGAAUCGCACAAUUUUUAAAAGACACGGCAGAUCCUGUGUCUUUAAAAAAAAAAUCAAAACCUUGUAAAUAGUGGUUGAGGUCUAUCCCGAUGGGGCUUUUCCUGUAGCCUGCACAUCGUUGGAAACGCCUCAUAGAGUAACUCUGUGGUUUUACUUUACUCACAGGACUAUUGUUAGAUCUGUGGGAAGGAACUACAAGACAGUUGCUAAAAGUUUGAAAAAGACGGUUACUAAACGUUAUGAAAAACCAGAUAAUCUACUUUUUUACCUUAGGUAUUGACAUACUCCACACAUCUGUACUAUUCUUGAGUGAUCGCUUAGGAAUGAAUGUGAUUUGAACUCAUUCAUGUUGAGAGGGUGUCAAAUUGAGAACCAGGCAGAUCCCCACCACCUACAGUAAAAAGGACCCUAAAGUAAAUUGGUUGAAGAAAUUAGAUCCCAAAGAUUCUUGGUAAGUUAAUUCAUUACUUAAAAGGCCAUGCAGGUUAUUUUGUUGAAUACUAGCUUUUCUCCAAAUGUUAUUUUAGGUUAUUAUAUUUAUUUAUCUAGUAAUGCUAUUGCAACAUCUAUCACCACUUAGGAGUAAAAAAGACUAGACUUACGUUAUUAGGUGUUUAAACUUCAUCAUUAACGAUGUUAUGAUGAUGGGCGAAAUGUUCAACUGCUCUGAAGGGGCUGAAUGAAAAUGGCCUUUCUGAACAUCCAUUUACAUUAAAUAUUCCAUUGUAUUUCAGAAGAUUAUAAAAGCUCAAAGGUGAAUUUUGAAGUCUUCAUCAGUAUACCCAUAUUAAAACGAGACCACAGAAGCCAAAGUAAUUAUGGCAAGUAAUGGUUUUUAUCUUAACCAUAAGUUAUUCGCUCAAGGGUGUAAAUGGUCAUUACCAAGGCUUUUAGAAUGCAGUUUCUCAUUUGCUGUGGACAUGACCAUAAAAAAAUUUCCCAGUAGGUUUUCUGUCUGCUACUUUGCUAGCAAUCAGCUUAUUGGGAACAGCUGAUUAACCGUAAUAGAAAUGCAAUACAAAUGCAUAAUGUGAACCACGUUAUUUUUCUUUAAAAUCAAUGAGAUUUGAAAAUUCUUCUAGAUCUCUUGAAUCAUGCAAAUGUGCUUUGCCUUUGUAUUAUAACCCUUGUGGAUUGCUAAUAACCAAGCAGUUUGUAGUAGAGUUAACUCAGGCUCGUUCUAGGACUCAGUCAUGUUCACUCACUGUACAGUCAUCUCUGGAAAUGUAAAAUUUACUUUUAUAUUGUUACGUAGGGCUGACAGGACAACUGGAUCAGUUUCAUUAAAAAGGGCAAACUUGAAGAUAUAUCUUUUGACUCCAGCUCUUUAGAGGAUCUAAAGUGACCCUGAUGGACAGUGGAAGAAAUCACAACAUGGAAUUCCUUGAAUAAAAAUUUAUUGACUUUAAAUAAUUUUGUCUAAUGCUACAUAUGCACAAUUAAAAAAAAAACCUUUACACUGUUUCUAGAAAGUCAGCAUGUAUUUUUGAUUCGAAGUUUCUCUAGUGUUUUCUGUGGAAGGAAUAAAAAUUUGAAUUUCA